AUGCCGCGCCCGAAAACCAGAGAGGAAGUCCUCGCAAGACUACGCAAGACUGUAGCCGAUGGCUCCAUCAUUGUCGGGGCUGGAGCCGGUAUUGGACUCUCUGCCAAGGCCGUCGAGGCUGGCGGUUGCGACUUGAUUCUGGUCUACAAUUCUGGUCGAUUCCGCAUGGCCGGUCGGGGUUCACUUGCCGGACUUAUGCCAUACUCGGAUGCAAAUCAGGUCGUCGUGGAAAUGGCUAGCGAAGUCCUUCCGAUUGUCGAGAAGACGCCCGUCCUCGCAGGUGUGUGCGGCACUGACCCAUUCCGUUCGAUGCCCGCUUUUCUCGAAGAGCUGAAGAAACUCGGCUUCGUGGGCGUGCAGAACUUCCCCACGGUCGGACUGAUCGAUGGUCAAUUCCGGGCGAAUCUUGAAGAGACCGGCAUGGGGUAUGAUCGGGAGGUGGAGAUGAUCGCCGAGGCGCACCAGCAAGGGCUUGUCACGACCCCGUACGUCUUCAAUCAAGAAGAUGCGGUCAAGAUGGCUCGUGCUGGAGCAGACGUCGUUGUCGCUCAUGCUGGAUUGACGACGUCUGGUUCGAUCGGGGCCCUCAGCGGUCGGUCUUUGGAGGACUGCGUCGGCUUUGUACAGGAGAUUCGCGAUGCCGCGGCCGGUGUGAACCCUGACAUUCUAGUCCUAUGCCAUGGCGGACCGAUUGCGCGCCCCUCAGACGCCGAGUUUGUGUUAUCGCGGACGGUCGGGGUCCAUGGGUUCUUCGGGGCGAGUAGUAUGGAGCGGUUACCAGUGGAGAUUGCGAUCAAAGAGAAUGCGGAGGAAUUUAAGCGGUUGAAGGUGCGGUUACAGUAG